AGAGAGUGACGAAAGCGGAACCCAGAGCAUCGUCAGAGCGCACGUCUGUGGGCGAAUAGGAUGCGCCAAACGCAGAAGAAAGCGCCGUGUGAGCUUUUAGAGGAAACAAGCGGCAGAAGUGCGCGGCGCAAUUUGGAGUUUGAGGACACGGAGUUGUGAGAGGCGCGUAUACAUCUCGGGAGACGUUCUUACCUUUUCCAUGGCGCUUCAGUAGUUCAGGCCGUUAAAAAGGCAUGCAAAGAAGAGGACAUAAUUCCUAAAUUACCAGGAGCGAUGGCAUCUUACCACGGCUUAGAGGGUGACGCAAUGGCCCUGAUGGUGCACGACACCAACGCGGUGAAGACGGAGGAGUUCGUGAAGGACGAGCCGGUCCGGACCGAGCCGAGCUCGGAGAAAGCGGACCCGUCCCAGAAGCCGCCGUACUCCUACGUGGCCCUCAUCGCCAUGGCCAUACGCGAGAGCUCGGAGAAGCGCCUGACCCUGUCAGGCAUCUACCAGUACAUCAUCAACAAGUUCCCCUUUUACGAGAAGAACAAGAAGGGCUGGCAGAACAGCAUCCGCCACAACCUGAGCCUGAACGAGUGCUUCAUCAAAGUGCCGCGCGAAGGUGGCGGCGAGCGCAAGGGGAAUUACUGGACUCUGGACCCGGCGUGCGAGGACAUGUUUGAGAAGGGGAAUUACCGGCGCCGGCGGCGGAUGAAGCGGCCGUUCAGGCCUCCAGCGGCCCACUUCCAGCCCGGCAAGUCUCUGUUCGGCGCAGACGGCUACGGUUACCUGUCGCCUCCCAAGUACAUCCAACCGAGCUUCAUGAACAACGCCUGGCCGCUCGCUCAGCCUCCUCCUCCUCCUCCUCCGCCGCCCAUGUCGUCGUACGCGUCGUGCCAGAUGCCGAGCAGCGACGUGAGCGCCAUCAACGUGAAAGGCCUUUCCACCGCGUCCUACAACUCAUACUCCCGCAUGCAGGCCAUGGGCUUUCCGAGCGUCAUGAACUCGUAUAACGGCGUGAGUCAUCACCAGCACCAGGCGCAGCAGCUAAGCGGAGCGGCGUCCGCGCCUUCACCCGUACCAGGCAACAGCGCGGCGGGCCUCCAGUUCGCCUGCGCCGCGCGUCAGCCCACCGACCUCUACUCGUACUGGGACCACGAAGCCAAGCAUUCAGCCUUGCACUCUCGGAUUGACAUUUAGGCGGAAACGAGAGCCACAAAACUGGAAACUGCUUGACGACUCAGUGUUGUGAACGUUUUCUAAACCGCCUGGGAGGUCUCUUUUACAUUUCUUUCCCUCUCGAGACUUACACGGAAUAGAAACAGGGUAGCUCUGAAGAAAGCAAAAAAUAUCCCCUGGGUUGGAUUAAGCCUUUGUAGAGCUUCAGUUGAUAGAUAGAUACACACAGAUGUUCCUUUAUCACAAUGCGUAUUAAUUCAACACUGAAAAAUUGGCUCUGAAGUGCAGAUCUCGCUUAGAAGGAUCGCGCGUGCACACUUAGAUUUCCAGUGUCAAAUUAGCUUUUACAGCACAGAAUAAACUCGUGCAGUCUUGAAUUUACACCAGCAAAGAUGAAUGAACUUUCACAGUGCCUGUCUGUGUCCAGAUGUCCUGAUCUUAGCACAGACAGUGCACAACGCCGGGGCUUUUGCUGCGCAGCAGCUUGGAUGGUUUUUAGUUUUGGGCUGAUGAAGCCUACAGAGCGCACAUGCAAAUAUAAAAUCUAAACAACUCUAACUACAGCCGAUAGGUCAGUGUGUAAAAGAAGAGCUCGGACUGUGUAAAUUCAACUUCAUCCAGUGUUUUUAAAAUGAAGCUGAGUGUGUUUAUAUGAUUCUUGUGAGCCCUAAAGUAGCCCCAGUCUGUUGUUUACUCCAUGCAGUGUAGAUUAGCCCUCUAGCAUACUGACAUCCUAGCUUUUUAGAUCAUUGUAAAAUAAUCUGUAUUUUUAAAAAUCACCAGACCAGACCUCUUUUCGUUGAUAUUUUUUUGAUACUCUAUUGAAAUAUUGACAUUGUUGGGACCAUGUUAAAUCGGCACUUAUUUUAAAUAAAAUACUUUGGUGAAAUA